GAGGAGUUUCUACGAUAAUCUAACGAUUUAAAGUUUAUGAAGAAUUUACCGAUCCUCUUAAGCUUCCCGCCAUUCCAGGCACAAAUGUUCAAACCGAAAGCCUUUGUGCCUUUGUCAUCUCCAGCUCAUCUCUUAUCUCUUCUCAAACAAUCCAAAACCCUAGAAUCCAUCAAGCAAAUCCACUCCCAGAUGCUCGUUUCCUCCCUCCAUUUUCAAAACCACCUCCUUUGCAAGCUCGUCGACCUCAAAUUCUUCUCCUACUCCUUCCUCCUUUUUUCCCAAAUCCCCUCUCCAAAUGACUUCUCCUUCAAUAUUAUGAUUCGUGGCCUCUCCACUUCAUGGAAAAGCUACGCCUUAGCCCUCAAAUUCUACCUCCGGUUACUUCAGUCUGGUGAAAGUCCAAGCAAGUUCACCUACCCUUUCGUCUUCAUUGCUGCUGCGAAUCUACCGUCCGCUUACCAUGGCCUUUCGGCCCACAGCUCUGCUAUCCAGCGUGGUCUUGACUUAGAUCUCAACACCCAGCAUUCGUUGAUCACUAUGUAUGCUAGAUGCGGUGAUUUGAAGAGUGCAUGGAAGGUGUUUGAUGGAAUUGCUGAGAGGGAUGUGGUUUCAUGGAAUGCAAUGAUUUCGGGGUGUAUGAAGAUGGGUUUUUCCAUGCAGGCUUUGGAGUUGUUUUGGAGGAUGAGAAGGGAGGGGUUUGAUAUGAAUGGGAUGACAGCGGCGAGCAUACUAGCGGCAUGCGGAGAGGUGGGGGAUUUGAAGUUGGGACAGGAGGUGGCGGCGUUGGUGGAGGAGAGUGGAGUGGAGAUGAAUUCAUUUAUUUGGUCCGCAUUGAUUGACAUGUAUGGAAAGUGUGGAAACCUUGAAGAAGCGAGAAGGGUUUUUGAUGAGAUAUCGAAUCCGGAUUUACCUGUCUGGAAUGCAAUGAUUACAGGGUACUCACAAAAUGGCUUAUCCAAUGAAUCCAUCAAGCUAUUCAACACCAUGAGAGAAGCAAAUGUGGAGCCAGACAAAAUGACAUUAGUUGGAGUACUGUCAGCUUGUGGUGCCACUGGUGCCCUAGAAUUAGGAAGGUGGGUGGAUGAUUUUGCUCUAAGGAGAGGUCUUCACCACAAUGUUUAUGUUGGUACAGCUCUCAUUGACAUGCAUGCCAAAUGUGGGAAUGUGGACCGUGCCAUUACCAUUUUUACUUCCAUGCCUAGUAGGAAUAUUGUUUCUUGGAAUGCCAUGAUCUCUGGUCUUGCCUUCCAUGGUAGAGGCAGGGAGGCCAUUUGUCUCUUCUCCAGAAUGAGGAAUGAGGAGCCAACUCUUCGGCCAAAUGAUGUAACUUUUAUCGGAGUACUCACCGCCUGUGUGCACGCUGGAUUGGUUCGAGAAGGCCGCGAUUGGUUCAGUUUGAUGAAGCCUAAGUUUGGAGUAGUUCCAAAAAUUGAACACUACUCCUGUAUGGUGGAUCUUCUAGCUCGUGCUGGAAACUUGGAAGAAGCAUGGGAUCUCAUGGAAAAAAUGCCAGAGAGGCCUGAUGCUGUUAUGUUGGGGGCUUUGCUCUGUGCUUGCCGAAGUUUUCGAAAUGUUGAGAUUGGAGAGAGAGUUAUGAGUAGGAUUCUGAAGUUGGAGCCUUUAAACUCAGGAAAUUAUGUUAUCUCUUCAAAGAUUUAUGCAUGUUCAAAGAGGUGGGAUGAUUCUGCAAGGAUGAGAGGGUUGAUGAGAGAGAGGGGUGUUUCCAAAACACCAGGUUGUAGCUGGAUUGAGGUAGACAAUGAAGUCCACGAAUUCCAUGCUGGUGAAGGUUUGCAGGCAAUAUCCACUGAGAUUCAUCAGAUCAUUGAAAUUUUGAUAGAUGAGAUGAUGAUUCAUGGAUACAAUCCAAACAUCAGCCUAGUAUGAGGAGCUUUUAA